GUCCUCGCGCGGCGCAGGACGACAGGUGCCGCGGAGCCGAGCCCUGAGCAGCAGCCGGGCGCUCAGAGCCGCGCUCCCAGCCCCACCAUGGGCAACAGCGCGGGCCGCAGCGACUUCGAGUGGGUCUACACGGACCAGCCUCACACGCAGAGGCGCAAGGAGAUGCUCGCCAAGUACCCAGCCAUCAAGGCCCUGAUGCGGCCGGACCCCCACCUCAAGUGGACCGUAACGGGGAUGGUGCUGGUGCAGCUGCUGGCCUGCUGGCUGGUGCAGGGGCUGGCGUGGCGCUGGCUUUUCUUCUGGGCCUAUGCCUUCGGGGGCUGCGUGAACCACUCGCUGACUCUGGCCAUCCACGACAUCUCGCACAACACCGCCUUCGGCACGGGCCGCGCCGCCCACAACCGCUGGUUCGCCAUCUUCGCCAACCUGCCCGUGGGCUUGCCCUACGCCGCCACCUUCAAGAAGUACCACGUGGACCACCACCGCUACCUGGGUGGCGACGGGCUGGACGUGGACGUGCCCACGCGCUUCGAGGGCUGGCUCUUCUGCACUCCGGCCCGCAAGCUGCUCUGGCUGGUCCUGCAGCCCUUCUUCUACGCGCUGCGGCCGCUCUGCGUGCACCCCAAGGCCAUGACCCGCAUGGAGCUCUGCAACGCCCUGGUGCAGCUGGCGGCUGACGCCGCCAUCUACGCCCUCUGGGGGCUCAAGCCCGUGGUCUACCUGCUGGCCAGCUCUCUGCUGGGCCUGGGCCUGCACCCCAUCUCGGGCCACUUUGUGGCUGAACACUACAUGUUCCUCAAGGGCCACGAGACCUACUCCUACUACGGGCCCCUCAACUGGAUCACCUUCAAUGUGGGCUACCACAUGGAGCAUCACGACUUCCCCAGCAUCCCCGGCUGCAACCUGCCCCUGGUACGGAAGAUCGCACCCGAGUACUACGACCACCUGCCCCAGCACCACUCGUGGGUGAAGGUGCUCUGGGAUUUUGUGUUCGACGACUCCCUGGGGCCCUUCGCGCGGGUGAAGAGGGUGUGCAAGCUGGCGGAGAACCAACUGUGAGCCCGACGGCCGGCUGGCGUCCUGGGGCUCGCUGCUGUCCCGCCCCGCCCCGCCCGAUGCAGGGCUGGCUGUCAGCGUUCCCGGCCUAAUACCCAGAACUGGUUUGGCUGCAUUUGGUUCCCGCGCCCUGGGCCGCUGCUCUUUUCCCCGGAGCACCCCCCGCCCCGCACCCCCUCCCCCAGACCACACCUGGCGGCAGCGGGCACCGAUGGCGGCUCGGGCUGUACAUGGACUGGUGACCUCAGGCCGGCCCUCCCUUUCAGGGCUGGGCCUGACCCUGCCCUGGGCACUCUGCGCCUAGGGAGCAGAGUCCUCUGGCGUUCCCAUGCCCUAAAUUAAAUCCAGCGUUGGUUUUCAA